UUCCAGUUGGAAUACAUGGACCUGGAAGAAUUCCUCUCAGAAAAUGGCAUUCCACCCAGCCCAAACCAGCACGAGCCUAGCCCACACCAGUCAGGUCUCCAGCAAGCUACCUCAGCAUCACCUUCUGUCAUGGACCUCAGCAGCAGGGCUUCUACUUCAGUCCAUCCAGGCAUGGUGUCGCAGAACUGCAUGCAGAGCCCGCCUCAAGCAAACCGGAACACACCAAGCCCCAUUGAUCCUGAGACUAUCCAAGUUCCUGUUGGCUACGAACCUGACCCUGCAGAUCUGGCUCUGUCCAGCAUUCCUGGCCAGGAGAUGUUCGAUCCUCGCAAGCGCAAGUUCUCUGAAGAAGAGCUGAAACCCCAGCCCAUGAUUAAGAAAGCUCGCAAAGUCUUCAUCCCAGAUGACCUAAAGGACGACAAGUACUGGGCCAGGCGCAGAAAGAACAACAUGGCAGCCAAGCGCUCGCGGGACGCGCGGCGGCUGAAGGAGAACCAGAUCGCCAUCCGCGCCUCCUUCCUGGAGAAGGAGAACUCGGCGCUGCGCCAGGAGGUGGCCGACCUGCGCAAGGAGCUGGGCAAGUGCAAGAACGUCCUGGCCAAGUACGAAGCUCGGCACGGCCCCCUGUAAAUCCCACGCAGGGGUGUUUUGGGUUCUUUUUUUUUUUUUUCUUUCUUUUUUCUUUUCUUCUUUUCUCUCUUUGUCGCGGGUUGGCAUUUGACUAGAUGGACAAUGUGUUUCCUGUUUGAUAGCACCACACCCAAACCAACCUUUCUGUCUUCAGCACUUUACCAGAAGCAGAAACAAAACUGACUUAGCGUUGGUUUUUGUUGUUGUUGUUGUUGUUUUGGUUUGUUUUUUUUUUUUCUCUUUUUGUUUGCAUGUACGUGUCCCCGCGUGCGUGUGUGUGCACACGUGCGUGCCAGGUCUGUGUCUGUGGGUGUGCAUGUGCGUGGGUGUGCGUGAGCAUCUCAGCACUUCCCAUUUUUAUCAGCCCUCUUCAAAGGGUGCCACAUUUUUACCUGGACUGUUGACAACCGCCAUAGUAAGCUUUUUAUUAUCUUUUUUUUUUUUCUUCAGUGCUGCUUCAGAGUAGGGGUUUUAUGUUCUCGUAAUCAGUUCCAUCCUCCUGAUUUACUUGGAAAGAUCCCAGCAUAAAUUACAAAAAAAAAAGGAAAAAAAAAAAGAAAAAAAAAGGUAGAUCUCAGUUUUUUUUUUUUGAGAGUAACAAGCUAUCAUUUAAGUCUGUCUAAUCAGAAAAGUUAACAUGCUAAUAAAAUGCACAAAUAGUAAUUUAGUACUACACUGCAGAACUAUUAAUUUAUAGAUUGCUUUUGUUGUAUUUUUAAGUUUUGGUGAUAUUCGUCUUCAGAUUUAAAAGUGCUGUUAGACUGAGUUUAGCUAUACUCAUGAUAGAUCCCAUAAUGGCUUCUCUGUAGCUACUAAGGUUCCUUUUCUCUCCA